UCGACGUCUUAAAGUCUCAACCUCUCAACCCAGUUACAAUUUCAAUUUACGUAGCUAAUCGCAAAACCAUCGACUACAGAAAGUUUCGAUAUUUACUUGAUUUUAUCAGUGAUAAUUUUCAAGUACCAUCACACGUUAUAUCGUGCCGACUUACACCGAGGUAUUUAUCAAAUCAAAAUCGAAUUGCAAAUAGUGAGUAUUAUCAACGAUGGCAAGUAAAAAUAUCACAGGAUUCGGCGACAGUUUACAAGAUAUUAAGUUUGAUGGCUUUUGGGAUUGGUUAAUUCAUUAUGAAGAUUUUACUACGAAGUGGAAGGCGCAACCUACGUACAUCUUGUCACAGGGGAUUUUCAUACUACAUGGUGUUGCAACUUUUGUUCAUGCGGUAAGAAAUGGCGGCCGACUGCCGUAUCUGUGGUUCGCCAUCAUCCUGCACGGCCUCGUCGUGGAGGUGGUCAGCUACAACUUGCCGGACAUCGACAACUUCUGGCACUCGCAGACGCCUCUGAUACUAGCCGGGCGACGCCUGCCAAUUCACAUCGUGUUUCUCUAUUGUGCGUUUAUCUACAAUGCCAGUGUCGCAGUAUCUAAGGCCCGAUUACCAAACUGGGCUGAGCCUUUUGCAGUUGGCUUGUGCUCCGUGCUGAUCGACUUACCGUACGACAUAGUGAGUGUGAAGUUCGUGCACUGGACUUGGCACGACACCGACCCGAACAUCUACGACCGGCACUACUGGGUUCCAUGGACCUCCUACUACUUCCAUGCGUCGUUCGCCGCCAGCCUGACAUUCUGGUUCCACGCGAGCCACCGCUGGAUCGCUUCGCCCGAAAAGUGGCGCGCCGGCAGCGCCGGCCGAGAGCUGGCGUGCGCGGCGCUGGCGGGGCUGCUGGGUUUCCCCGGCGGAGUGCUGCUGUUCGUGCUGGCCUACCACCCGCUGCACGACGCAUGCGCAGUGCACUCGGAGGUGGCCAUGUUCCUGCUGCUGGUCGCGUUCCUCGCGGCCGUGUGGAGCGCGGACCGCGAGCCCGCGGCCGGCUCCAGGCCGGCAGGUCGCGUGUCCCGUGAUCUAGAUGGAAGACUGAUUAUACUGGUGCCACUUUUCCUCCACUACGCAUUGUUUCUGUGUCUUGCCAUGUUUGGCAACCCGGAGGAGGAAGUCUCAGUUGGUUUGCACGAGCCGAUUGGACCAUGUAACGAGACCGUCACGUUCCAGAAUCCUCUGGGCAUGGACUUGAAGAAAAGGAAGUACCUGUGCGUGUCUGAUUACGAAGAGGACUACUUCAGCUUCAGCUGCCUGCCGCGAGGCGCGCCGCCGUCGGGCUCUGUAUGGUACACAGUGUGCGGCACGCCGUUCGCCAACAGGGCGGAGUACGUGGCCGUCAUUGGCUGCAUCGCGGCACUGGGUGCGGUCGUCUUCUACAACUUGCACUUCAAGUCCGGAGAAGUAGCUGUAGCCUCCCAACUAGCCAGGCCCAAGCAGAAAAAGAAAUAGGACCCUUUUUGUCUAUUUCAGUUGUAAUAAAAAGUUUUAAAUUA